AUGCUACACUUAGGCCUUCAAAGAAGAAGCUCUUCUCUUCUUGAUCUCAGCUCUCUCCGCCUUACGUUCGUGCAAACGUUGAGCCAACAACUGGGCGUAUUCGGCAGCAGCGUCUCUUUGAGCCUUAGCGUUGUUGAUCUUCUUGGCCUUCAAAGCUCUCUUUCUUUGCAAGGUUUGAGGAGUCACCAAUCUCUGGAUCUUUGGAGCCUUGGAGUAGGUCUUGCCGUUCUUCUCGAUGGUUCUUCUGACGACGUAGUCUCUGACAUCGUCCUCCUUAGACAAACCAAAGAACUUUCUGAUGUGGUUGGCUCUCUUUGGACCCAAUCUCUUUGGGGUGGUCACGUCGGUCAAACCUUCAAUGUCAGCCUCACCUUGCUUGACAAUGGCCAAAGCAAUAACAGACAAGUCCUGGUUGACAAUGCAGCCUCUGACGGACUUUCUCUUUCUCUCACCAGCUCUUCUUGGUCUGUAGCACGAGUGGCCCUCAGACAACAACAAUCUGACUCUGGUUGGGUGCAACACACCUUGCUUCAUAGGGAAACCUUGCUUGUCGUUACCACCGGUGAUUUUGAAAAUGUAACCUUUGAAUUCGUCACCGACAGAGUCACCUUCGACUUCCUGGCCCAUACGCUUUUCGUAGAAGGCACGCAACUUGUGCUCGUCGUCAAUCUCGAUACAUUUUUGAGUACCGUUGGCUGGGUAGGAGAUGUUUAA